AUGUCCGAGCCUCUGGGGCGGCGUAGCGCCGUCCCGCCCGCCCGGCUCUCCCGCCGGGUCCCCGCACCCGCACUCGCCGCGCGCGGAGCGGGGACGCGAGCCAUGGAGGAGACGCCGCCCCCGGGCUGCAGCAAGCCGCAUCUGGAGAAGCUGACCCUGGGGAUCACCCGCAUCCUCGAAUCUUCCCCAGGUGUGACAGAGGUGACUAUCAUAGAAAAACCACCUGCUGAACGUCAUAUGAUUUCUUCAUGGGAACAAAAAAAUAACUGCAUGUUACCUGAGGAUGUGAAGAAUUUUUACCUGAUGACCAAUGGCUUCCACAUGACAUGGAGUGUGAAGCUGGAUGAGCACACCAUUCCAUUGGGCAGCAUGGCAAUUAACAGCAUCUCAAAACUGACUCAACUCAACCAGUCUUCCGUGUACUCACUGCCUAAUGCACCAACUCUGGCAGACCUGGAGGAUGAUACACUUGAAGGCUUCAUAGCAUCUUCACCAGGAGUAGAAGCUAUCUCAAGAAACUACUUUCUUCACUCCACAAGAAGCAGUUCUCAUCCAUUCAAGUUUUAUCAGGAGAUUGCCAGCAAUUCAGUCACAUCUUCAGUCUCUCCUUCUAAUUCUAGUUCUUUCACUAUUUCCACCACAUCUGCAACUGCUUUUUCCACUGAAGUCUUGGACUCCUCAAAGUCAUGCAUGAGGGUUGGAAUCAACUUCUUCCAGUCUUGUUAAUGUUGAUAAAACUAUCUACCCAUGAACCAUGAAUGUUUUUAAUGGCAUCUAGAAUAGUGAAUCCUUUCCAGAAGGUUUUCAGUUUACUUGUCCCCAGAUCUAUCAGGAAAAUCACUAGUCAUAGCACCUAUAGCCUUAUGAAGCAUAUUUAUUAACUAUUACGUCUUGAAAACUGAAAUGACUUCUUGGUCCAUGGGUUGCAAUAUGGAUGUUGUGUUAGCAGGCAUUAGAACAACAUUCAUUUCAUUAUAUGUCUCCAAUCAGAGUUAUCAGGUGACCAGGUACAUUGUCAAUAAGCAGUAAUAUUUUGAGAGAAAUCUUUUUCUCAACAGUUGGUCUCAACAGUGGGCUUAAAAUAUUCAGUAAACUCUGAUAGCAGAUGUGCUAUCAUUGGGGCUUUGUUGUUCCAUUUAUAGAGCACAGGCAGAGUUGAUUUAACCAUUCUUAAAGGUCCCAGGAUUUUCAGAAUGGUCAAUGAGCAUUGGCUUUAACAAAGUCAUCAGCUACAGUAAGCCCUACAAAAGGAGUCAGCCUGUCCUUUGAGGCUUUGAAGCCAAGCACUGAUUUCUUUUGCUUUAAAAGUCCUAGGUAGCGUCUUCCAAUAGAGGAUGAUGUGUCUACAUUGGAAAUCUGCUAUUUUGAAUAGCCACCUUCAUUAAUUAUCUUAGUUAGAUCUUCUGGAUAACUUACUAGUUUGCCUUGCACUUUUAUGUUAUAGAGACAGCUUUUUCCUCAAACCUCGUGAACCAACCUCUGCUAGCUUCAGACUUUUCUUCUGCAGCUUCCUCCCCUGUCAGCCUUAGAAUUGAAGCCAGCCUUGCUCUGGAUUAGGCUUUGGUUUAAAGAAAUGUUGUGGCUGGUUUGAUCUUCUAUCCAGAUCACUAAAACUUUCUCCAUAUCAACCAUAAGGCUGUUUUACUGCCUUAUCAUUCAUGUGUUCACUGGAGUAGCAUUUUUAAUUUCCUUCAAGAACAUUUCCUUUGCAUUUACAACUUGGCUGUUUGGCACAGGAAGCCUAGCAUUCAACCUGUCUCAGCUUUCAACAUGCCUUCUUCACAAAGCUUAAUCAUUUCUAGCUUUUGAUGUAAAGUGAGAGACAUGCAAUUCUUCCUUUCACUUGAACCUUCUAAGCCCAUUUUAGGAUUAUUGAUUGGCCUAAUUUCAUUACUGUAUCUCAGGGAAUAGAGAAGCCUGAGGAGAAGAAGAGAGAUGGAAUGGCAAGUCAAUGGUACAUUCAGAACACAAACAUUUAUCAGGUUUGCUGCCCUCUGCAGGUGUGUUUUAUGGCCCCUCAAAAUGGUUACAAUAAAAACAUCAAAUACCUUUGGUCAAGAAGAUAGGCACAAACUUCAUCAGCAUCGCAUCUCCCAACCCCCACAUUUUGCAUGGCCUCAGUCUCUGUAGCAGCGACUACAGUAGCAGCUGAGGUGGGCCCUGCAAAGUCCAAGGGUUGGCUUGUUAAGGUUGAGUGCUCCACCCACACAUACUUUACAGAUCUAUUUGGGCUAGCCUCACCUGGCAGCACUGGCAGCAGGUCUCAUUUCACAAGCAGACUGGUACAUACCUUGUUAAAACAUACUCCUACCCUGGCUAUGGACCAAACACUGCCCACAGUAGGCAAAGAGAGCCUCUGCAGAUGACUGCACUGAAGGAAAAAGAGGACAGGACACAGUAAUAUGGAAACACCCCUGAAGUGCCAGAUCCCAGUGAACAGGGGACACUGUGCUCUAGGGAACUACAGAAUCGCUUCUUCAUAAGGCCAUUACUUUCCUAGCACACACAAACAGACACAGAGUUAGACAAAAUGACACAGAGGAAUAUGUCCCAAAAGAAAGAACAGCACAACACCACAGCAAGAGACCUGAGCAAAACAUAUAUAAGUAAUAUGCCUGGUAGGGAAUUUAAAGUAAUAGUCAUAAAAAUACUGGACUUAAGAGUGGAGAACCUUAACACAGAAAUAAAAAAAAAAGAAUCAGAGAUGAAGAACACAAUAAACUAAUUUUAAAAUGCACAUGAUGGAGUAAAUAGCAGGCUAGGGGAAGCAGAGGAAUGAAUUAAUGUCCAAAGUAAUAGAAAAUAAUUAGGCUGAACAAAUGAGAAAAGAAUUAUGCAAAGAGAGAAUAGAUGUAGGGAACUAGGUGACUCCAUCAAGUAUAAGAACAUCCCAGAAGGGAGAAAAAAGGCAGAAAAUUUAUUUGAAGAAAUAAUAGCUGAAAUAUCUAAUCUGGGGAAGAAAAGAGAUAUCUAGAUAUAGGAAGCACAGAGAUCACCCCCCAAAAAAUCAACCUGAAGAGACAUAGUAGUGAUAAAGAAAAAGAAAUUUUAAAAGCAGAUGUUAGUUACAUACAAGAGAAAUCCAUAAAGCCAUCAGAUUUUUCAGCAGAAACUUUACAGGCCAGAAGAGAGUGGCAUGGUAUAUUCAGGGUGCUGAAAGGAUAGAGAAUACUAUCCGGUAAGUAAGGGUGUCAUUCAGCAUAGGAGGAGAUAUAGAGUUCCUCAGAUAAAAACUUAAAGAGUUCAUGACCACUAAACCAGCCUUGCAAGAAAUAUUAAAGGGGACCUUGAGUGGAAAAGAAAAACUAAGAAUAUGAAAAGUAAAAACAAAAACAAUAAAAACUAUCUGUAAAAAUCAGUCAAGGGAUUUACAAAAUUAUGUAAAAUAUGGCACUAUUAUAUACCUAAAAUAUGGGGGAAAGGGAUGGGUUUAAACUUAAGGCCACUGAUCAGAGAUCAUCAUAACAUAAUGCAAAAGGUUGAGAUAUUGCAAGAAUUAUCAAAAUGUAACAGACACAAAAUGAGCAAAUGCUGUUGGGAAAAUGGUGCCAAUAGACUUGCUCAACACAGGAUUGGCACAAAACUUAAAUGUGUGAAAGAAAAAGUAUUUUUGAGACACAAUAAGGCAAAACACAAUAAAAUAAGCUAUGCUUGUACUAGAGCAAUCCAGGAGCAAAGACUGAAAAAUCAUGGGUCUUUGGAAGAGCCUGACACUCAGAGAAGUAUGGACUCCUCGGGGAGGGGAAAGGUCACAUUUGCUUCGUAUGUGUGCUGGGGCCUUUGAAGCCCUAAAAGCAAAGAAGUUGUUAAAUACAUAGACUGAGCCUUCCCUGCCCUUAAAGUUGGAAGAUAGAGGCAGACUAGAUACUAGAGAGGAUUUCAAGGAGCCUCAGCAAAGGACACAACGGGAAGAGACCGCAUUGUGCUACGUGUACUCAUAGAGACAGAAACCACCUGACCUUUUGGCACCUGCUAAUAAGUUCAUGCUUUUUAGGAUAGUCCAGUAGUUAGACCCUAAGUCUUAUUAAACCUAAUUGGAAAAAAAUACUGACUUUUCUCAGGGUACUCAACAGUGAAAAAGGACUAUUAGGAUAUACAACCAGACAAAACUGCUAGAGGACACAGAUGAAAACCUAAGGAAAAACAGGAAUCCGAACAGACAUUUAAGACAGCACAAAAGCUUCCUAUAGGACAAAAGUAAAUAUUUUCAAACAACUGAUGAAGAAUAUAAAUAAGAUUUGAGUUAGUAGCCUGAUAAACCAAGUGCAAGAUAUAUUUAAAAGGGGGAAAUUAUGAGGGAAAAGGUGGAAGGGUAAGAAAAAUAGAAAAAUGGAGCCAGAAGACUUUUUAUCAUUACUGGUGGCUCAAAAAAAAAAAAAAAAAAAAGAGUAGAUAGAAAGGCAAGAAACACUGAUAAAAGAAAAUUUCUCUGCAAAUUGAAAGGGCUCUAUGAGACCCAGAUUGAACUGAUUAGAAAAGAGACACCUAGGUGUUGUAUAAUGUGGGAAAGAAUUACAAGCUUCUAAGCAAAAAUAAAUUACUUGUGAAGAAAUAAUAAUCAGACUGAUAAUCAGACUUCUCACUUGUAGCAGUGGAAACUAGAAAUAGAAAACAUAUACAGGUUAGUGAGAGACAAUGAGUAAAAAAUUGAGAGUCCUAUGUAUAUAGACCAAACACACCUCUCAGUUUAUUAAAAAGAAAAAGAAAAGAAAGAAAAAUACAGAAAAAAGAAAGAAAAUGUAAAACUUUAAGAACAUUAAUACUCUAACUAGAAGACAAAUACAACUGAAUGGAGGUCCUAAGAUGUGGAUAAUAGGAAAGGAAACAGGGGAUCAGUGAACUUCCCAUGAAAGAGUUAUAUGUGCAUUUAAUCUUAGUAUCUAGGAAUGUGUUGUGUAACUUUAUUUUUUUUUCAAGACUUUAUUUAUCUGAGAGAGAAAGAGAAUAAGUAGGGGCAGAGGAAGAAAGAGAAGCAGACUCCCCGCUGAGCAUGGAGUGGCACAGGGCUCAAUUCCAGGACCCCGGGAUCAUGACCUGAGCUGAAAUCAGGUGCUUAACUGACUGAGCCACCAAGGUGCUCCCUCGGUUGUAUAACUCUUACAUAAAAUUCCCAGGGAACACCUGGGUGGCUCAGUCAGUUGAGCGACCAACUCUUGAUUUUGGCUCAGGUCAUGAGAUCAAGCCCCGAGUCAGGCUUCACACUCAGCAAGGAGUCUGCUUCUCUCCUUCACUCUCUCCCUCUGCCUCCUCCCUCUUUUUGCCUCUCCCCCUGCAUGCAUGUGCCCUCUCUCUAAAAUAAAGACUUAAAAAUAAAACUCUUGGAAAGGGAGACAUAUUGCAAGGAAUAUUGUAAGAAACCUACUCUAGUUGAUGCUUGAGCAAUGCAAGGGUUGGGGCACUGACCCUCCAUGUAGUCAAAAAUCCCCAUAGAACUUUUGACUCUCCCAAAACUUAAUUACUAAUAUCCUGUUGACUGGAAGCCUUACCAAUAACAAACAACACAUAUUUUGUAUAUUAUAUGUAACAUACACUGUAUUCCUAAAAUAAGCAAGAGAAAAGUAAAUGUUAUGGAAAUCAUAAGGAAGAAAAAAUACAUUUACAACACUGUAAAAAAUCCGUGUGUAUAAAUGGACCCAUGUGCAGUUCACUCCGUGUUGUUCAAGGAUCAACUGUAUAUUGUCUCAACCUAAAAGAAAGGGGAAAAUAUAAAAGUGUUAUGGGUUAAAUUAUGCCUCCCCCCAUUCAUAUAAUGAAGUCCUAACCCCCAGUUCAGAAUGUGACCUUAUUUGGAAAUACGGUCAUUGCAGAUAUAACUAGUUAGGAUGAGGUCAUACUGGAGUGGGGUGGACCCCAAUCCACCAUAUGACUGGUGUCCUUGAAGAUAUUUGGAGACACAGGAAGAAUGCCAUUUAAAGAUGAAGGCAGAGAUGGGGUAGGACUUUUAUACAUUACAGAAAGCUAAAAUUUGCCAGUAAACUACCAGAAGCUAGGAGAGAGGCAUGGAACAGAUUGUUUACCCACACUGUCAAAGUUGGGUUGCCAAUCUGCCAACACCUUGAUCUUAGAUUCACAGCCUCCAGAAUCGUAAGAGUACAAAUUUCUAUUGUUCAAACCACUCACUUUUGAUAUUUGGUUACAGCAGCCCCAGCAACUAAUAUAUAGAAUGUUCCUAGAGUCUUUAAUAGUAAAAAAUGUAGGACAAAGGAGGAAAAGGAAAAGAAGCAGAAAACGGAAGUUCUCCUCUUCCUGUAGGAAAGAAAUAGUACACCUUUUUUGGGGAAAACAAGUGUGUCUUGUUAUUUGAGUUUUCUGUUUUGUUUGUAAAGAUUUCAUUUAUUUGUUCAUGAAAGAGAGUAGAGAGAGAGACACACACACACAGGCAGAGGGAGAAGUAGGCUCCAUGCAGGGAGCCCGACGUGGGACUCAAUCCCGGGACUGUGGGAUCAGGCCUUUGGCUAAAGUCGGCACUAAACUACUGAGCCACCCGGGCUGCCCAAGUUUUCUAUUUUUGUAUAAUAGAUAACCACAAUUUUAAUGGCUUAAAACACCACAAAUUUAUUAUCUAAGCUUAAUGAGUCAAGAAUUCAGCCACAAAUACGUAGGAUCUUCCAAGCUAAAAUGAAGGUGUCACCUGGUGCUGUGAUCUCUUCCAAGGCACAGAGGCCUCCUCCAUACUAACCUGUAGUUGCCCUUACUCAGUUUCUUGCAGUUGUGGCACUUAAAUCCCUGUUUUAUUGGUGGCUGUUAGCCAGGGCUCACUUUCAGCAUCUUUAUGCUGCCCUUAGAUUCUAGCCACAUGACCCUCUCUCAACAUGGCAGUUUACUUCUCAGCCAACAGGGAAAUGCCUCUUCAGUCUGCUGCAACAGUCUCCUACCAUGUGAGAUAAUCAGGGGAGUGGCUACCGCAUCAUAUUUGCAGGUCCUGACUAUACUCAAGAGUAGGAGGUCCUGUAAGGUGUAUAUAUCCAGGAGCAGGAAUCUUGGGGGCCUUAGAAUUCAGGGUACCACACUUAGGAGAAAUAAUGGUCUAUUGUUUUCAAAUAAUGGUAGUUCUAUGGAUAAUCAUGCAAACAGAAAAAAAAAAAAAAGGAAGAUAACUAAAGGACUAAAGCUCUACAUGAAAAUCUCCAACCUGAUAAGGAAAUAUUGAAUCACAGGAGAAAAAAUAAGAGAAAAGAAACAAAUUAGGAAAUAAAACAUUAGGAGAAAUAAAAGAAGACUGAUCCAUCACGAUAUUAAAUGUGCUGGGAUUAAAUUUCCCUUUUGGAAAACAAAGACUGACAGAUUGAUGUAAAAAGCAAAACUCAUCUAUAUGUUAUUUUUAGGAGCAUACUUAAACUGAUGAAGAGACUUCCUCUUCUGGUAAUAGCAGACAGGCAAUUCAGAGCAGCCUUCCUGCUGAAGACAAUGGAGAAGUCAGAGCAAGGUAUAAAAACGAUCUCCCUAAAAACAUUAAAGAGCUUAACAAGAAGAUGAGGUAAUAUCAUCAACAUCCAAAGACAAAUCAGGGGGGAAAAGAUUCAGCACUUGGGGUUGUUUUGCCUGGGGUACAUUGCCCUUUUCACAACAGGCUGUGAGGAUGCUGGAAAGCUGUGAAUUUAACCCAUUUUGAAACCAGAGGAAUAAAGCAGAGUUCAGGCCUUACAAAAGAUAGCACCUAUAAAAACUACCUACUUUUUGGGUUGGCACCAUUGAAGAGCAGUACCCUAGGAGACAGAAUAAACCAGAAGUAACUUUUUCUCAUAGACCGAAGCUCAAGUGUAAGUCAUCUAUGUGGCCCAGAAAAUGCUAAAUCUGAAAAUUGGACUAAAUUGAUUCCAGGUUACUAAUCCCCUCCAGGGCCUGGCAGAAACAAACAAAUUCACUCUAGAGAAAUGUUCUAAAAUGGAUUGUCUUAAUGGUUAUAUUACUGUAAAUAUACUAAGAACCAUUAAAUUGUGUACUUCAAAUGAGUAAAUGGUAUGGUAGGUGAAUUAUAUCUCAGUAAAGCUCUGGUAUAAAAUGAAAAUUCCACCCCAGAGGAUGAUAACAUUAUCUUAGACCUCAAAUUAUUUUUUUUAUAAAUUUGUUUUUUAUUGGUGUUCAAUUUGCCAACAUAUAGAAUAACACCCAGUGCUCAUCCCAUCAAGUGCCCCCCUCAGUGCCCAUCACCCAGUCACCCCCACCCCCCGCCCACCUCCCUUUCUACCACCCCUUGUUCGUUUCCCAGAGUUAGGAGUCUCUCAUGGUCUGUCUCCCUUUCUGAUAUUUCCCACUCAUUUUUUCUCCUUUCCCCUUUAUUCCCUUUCACUAUUUUUUAUAUUCCCCAAAUGAAUGAGACCGUAUAAUGUUUGUCCUUCUCCGAUUAACUUAUUUCACUCAGCAUAAUACCCUCCAGUUCCAUUCACGUCGAAGCAAAUGUCAAAUUAUUUUUCUAAAUAAUUUUUCAAAAAAUACUUCCUUCUGAAAAAUAACUAGGCACAUGAAAAAAACACAAUACUAUAAACAAGAAGCAAGACAAACAGGUAACAAGAAAGAUCAAUCCACUGUACCCCCAAGAGUGAAAUUAUUAGGUGCAACAAUAUGCGAAUGCACACGUGGGGAUAAAACUGAACUAAAAUUUCAGUGAGAAACUAAAAAUAGGCGACAUUGCAUAUUUGGCAAAAAAGGAAGCAAAAGAUUCAAAUAUUGACCCUCUGCUUCUGGUAAUGGCAGAGUCCCUUUCACCAAAUCAAGACUACACAGAACUCUGGGAUAACUUUAAAAAUGAUGAUCUAAAAUGGUUGGAGAAUAACCAGAAAUCAUCUGCAAAAUGAUUGCAGAAACUGGAGUGGCAUCCACAAAUGGCAGAAGGGAGCCACACUGAGUGAGCUUCCUAUUUUAUAACUUUUCAUCUGUGGACAGUGAGCAUCAGUCAGGGCAGAGCUGCUGAAACUUAGUGGGACCCUACAGCUUAUCCUAGACUUUGGAUUUCACCCAACAUGGGAGUAACAGACCUGAUUUAGAUCUGCCUUGCUGAAAAAACAACCAUCAACAGAAAAGAUAUAUAAAAAUGGAUUUCAAGGCAUAGACCAUCAGGCAGUGAAGAAUAGUGAGCCUGAGAGAUGGAAAUAAGGAAGAGGAACCUCAGCUUAAGAGAUCUAGAGAAUUUUCCAGUUCACAGACAGCAUAGAGAAGGGAAGCCAGGCAGAACCUGUUGCACACUGUGAGUUGAGGACCACAUGAGAUCAAGAAGAGUAUUAAAGUGUAACUUAACUUCCCGGGGAAGGGAAAUCCAUGUUCAAAAGAGUUUUAGUUAGAAAUAUAAAUAUUUAUGCAUUGGUAUAAGAUUAUAUAUAUAGCUAUAUGUAAAAGUAAAAAAUAUCUUUUUGUAUACUUUGUUUUAUCUAGCCUCUCCUAGGUUUGCAAACUCUCUCCCUCAGUCACUAAUACUAAUCUUUAUUACAUAGUAGCUGUAAUGAAAGAAGCAGGAAAGGUUUCUGAUGCUUACAUUUCUAAAAAUGUCUCUUUUUUUCUGGGUACUCCAUUAUUCUAUUUGAUUGCCAGGUAGGUAUUUCUAAUUGAGCUAGGCUAAGCAUUAAUUAUAAUGUAAUUAAUAUUAAAUAUUAUAAAUAAUACAUUUUAGACCAAGGA